GUUUUCUCAAUACCAUAGUAUUUAUGCAAGAUAUCGCGGUUUCCAGAGCUUAUAAAUUAACGAAAUUAAACUGGUGGUAUAAUCACGUUAAUAAAUACGAAGAGUUAUAUCCUCAUUUAUCACGCAAUAAAGCGUUUGAUCCAUUAGAAUCGGUUGAUCGGGUUGAUCAUGAAUUAAAAGAUGAACAGCAGAAAGAAAGUCAGCAACCUUCCCUUGCCGAAAAAUUACGAUAUAAUUUGUUAACCUUAUUAUUUAGUAAACCAAAAGGAGAUGAAGAGUUGAUUGAAUACGAUCAAUAUGUGACGACAAAAGAUGAAGAAGAAACGGAUUUCACACACUCAAUGGCUGAAAAAUCUGGUAGUGAUACAACAACUGUAAAUGAUGACGAUUAUUCGCUGGAAGAAUUUAAUAAAACUGUAUUAUGCAAAUUGUAA